AUGAUUGCACUAAUUUUGGACGAUGAAGAAGAGAAUAAGAUAAAAAGAAGAGCUAAGAAAACAUGGAUUAGAAAAAUAUUUACUACGCGAAAAUUUGAAGAAUACCACUCUUUAUUCAAGGAAUUGGAAGAUGAAGAAAUGUCUUUUUACGAUUAUUUUAGAAUGUGUCAAAUCAAUAUAAUAUAA